GUUUUCAACCACAAAAAAGGCGGUAAACGCUGUACAAGCCGCCAUUUCGGAUAUAUAUAUAUAUAUAUAAACGCUCGAGUGUGAUGUGAACAACAUAACCUAAUAUUAUUUUGUCUUUUAAUUACUGUGAAAUAAUUUAUAAUAUAAUUUAUAGCUAUUGAUUAACAAUACUCAACGGUUCAUAAAAGACGUUUCAGAUGAUCCUAGCCGUUUUUCAGGAGCUGUCGAUCAAGCUAAUGAUGAGCCUUUGCCAUUGAUUGAUGGGCUUAACUUUUUUGAUCAACCAGUAACCCGAUCAGAGUAUUAGUUACUUAAUUUCCAUGUGAACAAUCAAGUUGCUAGUGGUGAUAAUGAUUCGAUUCUUACUGAGUUCAUAAAAGAGUGGCAUGUUAAACAUAAAAUCACACGUGAAGCGACUGACGAACUUUUACGCAAACUUCAAUCAUAGUCUCAAGAACAAUGUUUCUAUGCAAAAUGAAUUUAAAGACAUGAUACGGAAAGCUGGUGGUCGCAAUGUACAAAAAGCCACUCGUUUUGCAUUGGAAUCAUUCAUUUCUGAUGAGUUGGCAAAACAAGUGACAUGGUCCGGAUUACACAGUGAGAUUAAAAUCUCAGCAUGUUUCUUCGUAGAAAUUAUUAGUGAAAUUUUAUUAAGCACUUUGAACGUUACAAAACCUGAUGUUGAACAUCAAAUGAAAGCCUGGUUUCAACGCGGUAGUGACCGAGCCAAUAAGAAUACCGAUCCUACAAAUGGUUCUGUCAAAAAGCAAAAAGUUGCCAAAUAAUUUGUAGUUACGAUCUUUAUAUUUACAAGUUGUUUUCAAAAAACUUUUUUUUAAUAGUAUAAAGAGUUUUCUGUUCUCUAAGCCUAAAUUAAUGAUCUCAAAACAUAAAAGUAAGCUUAUCAGAUAAAAAUAAAACUAUAAGUUAGUGUCACCAGUGCGCUAGUCACAACAACUAGUCUUGAUAUUAAGCUCACAAUUAUUAUUACUAUUAUUGUUAUUAAUAUAAAACCUAUGAAUGUUGUAAAGAAAUUGUUAAUAAAUUUAAGCAUUCCAAUUAUAAAAAA